CCCGGCUCCGUGCACCUGCGCGUGCACGGUGCCAAGGUGGUGGCCGCCCUGGGCGAUGCGGUCAAGAGCAUCGACAACGUCGCGGGCGCCCUGGCCAAGCUGAGCGAGCUGCACGCCUACAUUCUGCGCGUGGACCCCGUCAACUUCAAGGUGGGCGCGGGGCCUGGGGUCCUGGCAGGGACGGGGAGCGCGGGAAGGGGCGGGGUCUCGGCCGAAGGUGCUCCGCCCCACCCCCAGAGCACGCGCUCCCGCCCCCGGGCCGCUCACUGAGCCGCGCUCCCGCCCCUCAGCUCCUGUCCCACUGUCUGCUGGUCACCGUGGCCUCGCACUUCCCCGCCGACUUCACGGCCGACGCCCACACCGCCUGGGACAAGUUCCUGUCCAUCGUGUCCUGCGUCCUGACCGAGAAGUACCGCUGAGCGCAGCCGCCCUACGGAGGGCGGACUGCGGCCCCUUCCCUGCCCCUGAACCUUCCGUAAUUCCUCCCCGGAUUCUCCAAUAAAUGGAUGAGGACGGAGUGGCCCCUGUGUUCAGUAUUGGCGGGAAAGGGGGGGAGUGAAAGAAAGCGAGAGCCGCAGGAAUGCGGCCGACCCCCGUGUCACCAGCGGCUUGAAGGCCACCCCAAGGGUGCUGUGGGGCGAUCCGUGCGCCUGCGGACCCCAGAGUCGGGAAGGGGCAGAGCAGGUCAAAGAGGCGUUUGUUCCUCUCCUACUUCCCAAAUCGCCCAAAGAUUGUUGCUUUACUCAGCGUGUUGGGUGCGCGUCGGCGCUCGGGAGGCUUUUCCUCAAAGCCUGCUGUCAUAGCUCCCGCGCUGCGGGGACCCAUGAUACGAUCCCCCGUCCCGCGGGGAAAAGGGGGUUCCUUGCCCAGCGCUCUUUCUCCCAAUCCCUCCACUGGCUCCCUCCUGGAGAGGUUCUAACUUUGCCCGCGCGGGAGUAAGUCCAGAUCCAGCUAAAGUCUGCAGCAAAAGCACGCACGCACAGCCGCGUGAGUCACCGCCGGCAAGCUGGAGCCCCGCCAGGCGGUGGCCUCCGCGGCGAUCGGGACCUGGGCUGGAGACACUUCCCGGUGCUAGCCGAGGGUCCCCGCGUUCCCGCCGCCGUCCUGCCGAUAAGGGCAGGCGGGGUGCCUGGGGUGUGAGGAGGCUAUAAGGAGGCCGGCGCGGCGGGAGGGGCCCCCAGAGCACGCCCCGCCAGCGCCAUGCUCAGCGCCCAAGAGCGCAUCCAGGUGGCGCAGGUCUGGGACCUGAUCGCUGGCCACGAGGCGUCCUUUGGGGCGGAGCUGCUGCUCAGGUGGGUUGAGGCGGGGUUUCCAGGCUCGCAGGGAGGCGGUCACAGGGGGUUGGGGCCGGAGUCCGAGGAGCGGCCGAGGCGGGAGAUUUCCGGGUGUCUGGGCAGUGCAGGCGCUGGGAGGACCCCAGGCGGCCGCCCUCCUCACUCACCGACCUGCUCCGUCAGGCUCUUCACCGUCUACCCCAGCACCAAGAGCUACUUCAAGCACCUGGGCUUCUGCCCUGACGAGACUCAGCUGCUGACCCACGGACAACGCAUGCUCGAGGCAGUGGGCGUGGCCGUGCAGCACAUGGACAACCUGCGCGCGGCGCUGAGCCCGCUCGCCGACCUGCACGCGCAAGUGCUACGCGUGGACCCCUCCAACUUCCCUCUGCUGAUCCAGUGUUUCCAGGUGGUGCUGGCCUCCCACCUGCAGGGCGAGUUCACCGUAGAGAUGCAGGCGGCAUGGGAUAAGUUCUUGACCGGCGUGGCGGUGGUGCUGACCGAGAAGUACCGCUGAGUCCCCUGCCCCGCCGGCUUAGAUCUCUGUAUGUCAAUAAACAGGCCUCAAACGGCCGGACCCUGCGCGUGUGUGGUCUUUGGGGAGCUGGUGGGCUGAGGUUAUUGCGCCUUGGCAGAGAACCUCCGGGUCCCGUGUGGAGCCUCCCGGAAUCUUAGGGCGCGAUCCCAGACCUCUGCGCACAAAGGAACAGGGGCCCAGGACUCUCAAAUGGGGACAGUUCCUGGGUUGACGUUCCCGGGUCUGGGCAGGGUGUGGAUCCCCAAAGACUUGAACAAAACAAUUGCCCUCCUGUGAUGGGGAAAUGGGGGGGGCAGGUGGGUGCUAAGAUGAGGAAGGUUCUCAGGGUGCAGUUUAUUUCCAACACACCCACGGUGACACACCGUUCACAAAGCACGUUUGCAUUCAUUCAAUCAUUCAUUCAUUCUCCCUCCAUCCCUUUCGCUGGGGGCUACCAGCUGGAAUCCUCACCUCUGGCAGACAAAUGCAGGCACCUAGGACCAAGGGUCAAGUUCCUGGCCAGAGGUCAGAGUUAGGGGCCAGGACCCCUCUGACCUUCUUUGCUUCCUCCCCUCCCCCUGGCACUCAGUCGGCAGUGAACUUUGCCCUAGCCAAGUUAGCCCCUUCCUCUGAAUCUCCUGGGGUGGGGGACUGGGGUCCCGAUGGCCACGAUCAGGCAGACAGAGCAGGUUUCUAACCCCGUUCACACAACAGCUCUGUGAUACUGGACAUGUCCAGGAGCAAUCUGACCCUAAUGCAUCCAAUGUAAACACAAACAAACAAAAAGCUGACCCCUCGCUGGGUCUUUGAAGUAAUUUAUAAGAUCAUAAAGCAGGGUCAGUACCUGGCAGGCCCAGGGCCACCCAACCUCCACUCCAGCCCCAGCCAAACCUUUCAGUCUCUGUGGGUCCCCCAACCAAGGCGUUCCUCUCCUUCACCCCCAGACCCAGUCCCCAGGGUCAAUCUCUCCCCCCUCCCUGACAUUGGGGCAGGAAUCUUAGCGCUCUACUGAGAACCUUCUCUGACAACAGAACGAGGCCAGGGAGAGGGACUCGGGGAGCUCUAGAUUCUGAAUGAGGAAGGUUCCCGCUAACAAUCUCCGUGGGUGCAGGGAGCACUGAGCCCGACCUGACCAGAUGCGCCCAAGUCCGAAGGAUGCCAGAGGGUAAGCCCUGAUGGUGCCUCCGCCGAACUACCCACCCCACUCUGCAGUCGGUGCCUGCACCUGUUACCCUGCGGUGGUGGGGAGUGCCUGCUCACCAUUAGGGGAAGGAGGGCUUGGAGCACCUGAUCCCACAUUAUCUCCUUCACCCUCAUUAUUUACAUGGACAAUCUACAGCUCUUGGUCCUGGGUAAAGUUUGGUGCGAAAACAGCUUGUUUCACUUCAGAAAAUAUUGUACUCUCCUCCCCAACCAGCAAAUACCCCAGGUUCGGAGCCAAAAGCAGGUGCAAAGCGGGUGGGUCAGGAACCUGUGUGGCCUCCCUGGAACCACAGGAGUGGAAAUGGAGGGU